AUGGAGGGGCUCUGGGAGGUGCUGAAGGAUGCCCACAUGGAGGUCCUCAACGCGACAGGCUGGGGCACGCUCUUUAACGGAGUGGUGGGGUCGUGGAGCGGUGAGGGCGACGGCAUGUUGCGUUACUACUAUAAGCAGGUCGCCGCUUUCGUAGCAGCUGUGAACUGGUCGGAGCCGUUCUUCACAUACCUUGCCGCGUUUCAUGUCACCGUCGUUCUUGUGGUGGUGGCUCUGACAUGGCGCGCGUCGACGGAGCGCAUCUUUGUGGUUGACUUGGUGGUGCUGCUGUUGGGCUGGUGCUCCUCGUACCUCAAUGAUUUGGGCAACGCAUAUGCGUCGAAGAUCUUCGUGGAAGAUGGCGUCAAUUACUUUGACCGCUCGGGGCUGUUUGUCAGUGUGGUGUACUGGCUGCCUCUGUUCUUUGUCGCCCUGGUGCUGCAGGGAUGCAUUCUGCUGCAAGUGCUGCGUCUGAUGGUGGCUACAAAGCGCCGGCAGCUGCAGCAGGAGAUGCGGAACAGGGCGGCAACGACAACGGCGACGAAGAGCGCGGGCAAAGGGACAACGAAGGCGAAGAAGGAGAAGUGA